AUGCCGUUCUGGUGCGCAGUCCUCGUCUUGGAAAACCUCCACGCCGGCACGCGCCGCUCGAACAGCUCGUCGAGUUCCCGCCACGGCAAGGCCACCCGCGAGCUCGUCGCCCGGGACAAGAACCACUCGUCCGUCGUCAUGUGGGCCAUCGCCAACGAGCCGGGCGCGAGCGAGCCGGGCGCGCGCGAGUACUUUGAGCCCCUGGUGGCCCUCGCCCGGCGGCUGGACCCCACGCGGCCCCUGUGCUACGCCAACGAGUACCAGGCGAGCGUCGACCGGUGCCUCAUGUCGGAUCUGUUCGACGUCCUAUGCCUGAACCGCUACUACGGCUGGUACCUCCACACGGGGGACCUCGAGGCCGCCGAGGAGGGCCUCGAGGCGGAGCUCCGGGGCUGGGCGGCCAAGUUCGAGAAGCCCAUCAUCGUGUCCGAGUACGGCGCCGACACGCUCGCGGGCCUGCACACGGUCGGCGACGUCCCGUGGAGCGAGGAGUACCAGAGCAGGGUGCUGGAGAUAAGCCACAGGGUCUUCGACCGCGUGGACAGCGUCGUCGGCGAGCACGUCUGGAACUUUGCCCACUUCCAGACCCCCUCCAGCUUCAUCUUCCGGGUGGACGGCAACAAGAAGGGCGUCUUUACCAGAGACCGGAGGCCCAAGAUGGCGGCACAUACGCUGAGGAAGAGAUGGACAGAACAGAAGCCCAAAGAUCUUACACCAUAG